AAUUAAGAUGUUUUAUUUGUUCGGUUAAAUAUUACAUUCUCUCUCUAUAAAUCCAUGCAUGCAAAGGUUUCCAUGGCGACCAAGAGUAUCCCACUUCCCUACUUUCUAGUCUUUACGCUUCUUUCUUUUGCAUUUAUUUUUAUAUAUAUCCAUUUGAGACGAAAGAUGGGAGUAGAAGGCACCUUGGAAUACAUCUCUGAUUUGCUUAGCAGCGUGAAGAAGAAGAAGAAGAAGAAGCAAAUUCAAACUGUAGCUCUCAAAAUCAGGAUGGAUUGUGAAGGUUGUGCUCGUAAGGUCAAGAAGGUCCUCUCCGGCGUAAAGGGGGCAAAGUCUGUGGACGUGGACUUAAAACAACAAAAGGCCACCGUGACGGGUUACGUAGAGGCAAAGAAAGUACUGGCGGCGGCGCAGUCAACCAAGAAGAAGGUGGAGUUGUGGCCUUAUGUGCCUUACACUCUGGUGGCUAAUCCUUAUGUGGCUCAAGCUUACGACAAGAAAGCUCCUCCCAAUCAUGUCAGGAAGGUUCCGGCCAGUGCCACCGUUUCUGAGACCACCAUUGACAACCGCUACACCAACUUGUUCAGUGAUGAUAACCCUAAUGCUUGCUCCAUCAUGUAAAACACUAAUAAUAAUAACAAGUGGUAAUAAGAGGAUUGUAAAGUUUUACUUGCAACACAAAUUUUUCUUGGAGAUUUUGUGCUACGUUGUGAGCAAAUGAGGGGAACUGUAUGAGUAGCUUUGGGACAAUUAUUGAUUUGAUGUGUAUUAGCAUCGUCUCUAUAGUUGUCCUUCUGUUUUUUUCCUCUGGAAAAUAUAAUUAUAUUAAUAAAAAAAGUUUAGUAAAAUAA